CAACAUUCGACCGAGAUGGAGCGAAGAUGAGUGCGCGAAGAUAUGCCCGAACAAGUGCUGCCGCAGUCGAGAGUGGUCCGCAGGAGAAAUCCACGCCCCAUCAAUUCGUGCGUCGAGUGUCGCACACGUAAAAGCAGGUGCUCGAAGACCCAUCCUUGCCAGAACUGCACCGCCUUUGGACGAGAAUGCGUCUUCAUCACUGUUCCCGAGUCGGCGGCGCGCAAGAAGCAGCGCGACAGGGAGCACGCUUCGAGAUCGAGCAUCGACUGGACGCAGCCCAUUCCUUUGCGCACGCAGCCGAGCCAGAAUGCCGCCACACAGGCCGAAAGCUCCAAUACUGCCAGCACAACCACGCCGGGAACUCCACCGCGAGAUUACGAAUGGGAGGCGUACCAGCAGCAUGUUCAGACGGAUGGCGAUACGUGGGAAAAAUUACCCGCGGAGCCUGAGGAGACGCCCGACGAUGUGUACGAGGAUGAGAACGACGACGAGGAUGAGAUCGCGACUGAUCUCACCAUCCGGAUCGGAAGGAUGAUUAUCUGUGAGAAUAUCACUGGAUUCUUCCGGCCUCAGUAUGCUGAAGAGCUUGGAAAGCUUCUUGUAGAACAUCCGCCUCCUUCCGCAUCGGUUGCGGGCCAAAGAGCACCGCAGUCUUCAGCUCUGCUGUCUGCGGAGCAGAUGCCAUCUCUGGCACCUUCACUCAACCUAUUGAUUGGAGGCUCCAUGCCUCUUCCUUCAAGCAACGACAUUGAGCCGCCUUCGCUACCUACUAGGAUAGAGGCAGAGUCUCUAUUUCAAAGAUAUUUAGAAGCGGUCAGCCCGUUGGCCCACGUUCUACAUAUUCCGUCGUUCAAGCGACUCUUCGAACGUUUUUAUGUGAACAUCGAGAUCGGUAAUCCGAACCAGAACUCCUGCACUGCUCUCAUCUUAGCUGUUUGCAUGGCUGCCGCUGCGUCCGUAUCUCCGCUCCAAGCAAAGUCACAGUUUGGCAUCACCAAAGAGGACCUAUUCUUGAGGCUGCAGAAGGCCACGGAACGCGCACUUCUCCGUGCCAACUGGGCGAAAACUUCAAACAUCAGAACCCUUCAAGCGCUUACAAUAUAUCUCAUACCUCUCUGUAGAGCGCAGAUCUCCCGCGCAACAUCCGUCGUCGUAGGCGCCCUCGUCCGCCUCGCUCAAUGCAUUGGCAUCCACCGCCUGAGCCACAAUUCGGCGAACAGCCUGACCCCCCUGCAGCGCCAUGUGCGCUCCCUCCUCUGGUACCAAAUCUGUUUCUUGGACUUCAAGACUGCCGAGGCCCAAGGCCCCCAUCCUUCCAUCCGAUCCGACGACUUCGACAUCCCGCUUCCGCUCAACGUCGACGACGACGUGUUUGAGUUUGGAUCCCCGAAAUGGCAGCAUCAGCCGGCGCCCGUGCAGGGCUGGACCGAUGUCACGUUGAGCUUGAUCCGGUAUGAGUGUAAUGAGAUUCAUCGGCUUAUUUUCCGCGGGAGAAUCGAGAUGGAUCGGAAGGCUAUUACACUGCAUGAUCUCCGUGCAAGGGUUGAAGCAAGAAAGAGACAGAUUCAUUCGAAGUACUUGCGGUAUCUGGAUGCUUCCGUCCCCAUCCAGCGCUACGCCGGCCUCGUAGCGACCCUCCUCAUGUCGCGCUGCGACUCCAUGCUCCUCUACCGCCACCUCCCGCAAACCACCCUGCAACCACGCUCAGACUCGGAAAACCGCCUGCGCGACGUGCUCCUUACCGCCGCUCUAACAACCCUAGAGAUUGGCGCCACGCUUGAUACCCUCCCCUCCCUUAGCUCCUGGGCCUGGUACAGCACUACCUUCCAGCAAUACCACGCGGUCCUCCUGCUCCUCACUGAACUCUAUCGGACGCCGGAAUUAGCAAGGAAAGAGCGGAUGAUGACCAUAAUCGACCACAUCUUCGGCCACUGCUACGGCGUCGGCGUCCGCGAGCGCUGCUCAGACCUCCUCUGGACCGUCAAAGAAAACCUCGAAGCCUUCUACAUCAUGAAAGGCAUCCCCAAGAAACACGCCGCCCCGCCGCAACAACAUCCCACCCUGCAACCCCUCCACCAACAGCAAACCUCAACCGGAGCGUCCACCACCCCAGACCUCUCUAGUCAAAUGGUAAUGACGGGCUUGCAAACACCCAUGGAUAGUCUAAACGUCGAUUUUGAGUCGCUCCUCGGCGGGCUAGGCGCUGGUGGUGCAGGAACGGGACAGAGCGCCGAAGAUUUCGAUACGUUUCUCGCGGGCAUGCAGGCGAACGACCAUGGGGCGAUUUUCGUGCCGGUUGAUACGGCGAGCGCGAGUGGCGCAACGGGCGGUGUGCCUGUUGGUGGCGAGUGGGGUGAUGGCGUGGGGACGGGGACUACGAGCCCGAAUGGCAGCGGCCUACAGCAAUGGGAUAAUUGGUCGUUCCCCGCUCAGAAGUUUGAAUCAUAGAUUAUGCGACAUGGAAGGUUUGUUUGCCCGUGCUGCGGUUCAUGACUGUACGAGUAGAUACAUAGUUAUAUGGUAGAUAGGGGUUUAUAGUACUUCAAUGCUACGAAUCAAAUAUAAAA